AUGAUAAAUUUCGCAAAGUCGUGUGGAACAACAGGGCAGAAUCUGGUCGGGCUCUGGCGACCAUCGUUUACGCGGGUAGACCAGAAACUGUACCUCUUUGGCGGUGGAGGACAUGUAACAAAUGAUCUUCAUGUUCUCGACCUCAUCACACUCAAUUGGGAUUGCAUCUUGGCAAAGGAAGGUGUACCUCCAACAAAGCGAUACGGACACACUGCAGUGUUGUGGAAACAAAACAUCAUCAUCUUUGGUGGAGCAAACGAAUUUACUGAAUACCGAGAUGAUGUUGUCGUCUUUUCUCUACAGACCAAGACUUGGUUUCGACCAGAGAUCAGGGGCGAGGUGCCUGCACGAUACUUGCACUCAGCAACAGUGUACAAAAACAAGAUGUACGUUUACGGCGGCUUUGCAAAAAACUCUAAAUGUACAUAUGUCCUGGAUGAAAUGAGGAUAUUGAAUUUGGAAACAUGGACAUGGUCAGAUCCUUACCCAGUACCAGCUCGAUACAAUCAUUCCGCAAGCCUAGUUGGACAUAAACUUUGGAUUUAUGCAGGAAAGGACGAGAUCGGAAACACAGUAUCCGAUCUACACUCCAUCGACCUACACACACUCCGAGUGUUACCACACACAGGAAUCACAGGAAAGGUUGUUUUACUCAAAUCGCAGCAUUUCUCGGAAGCCAUUGGCAACCAGUUAGUUGUAUUUGGGAAAUACCCUAACGAACUAACAGGAACAAGUCUCUAUGGUCUCUGGAUUAUGGAUUUGGAUCAACUCGAAUGGCGAAAAAUUGAUAUUGAUCGAUGUCUGGAAGAUGGCCUUUGGAACUACUUUACGAUCGUUACGAAGCGACCACAGAAUCGGCGGUUCAUGGAUUUACCGCUUUCAGAUGAUGACCUGGACCCAUAUAAUAGUCCCGUUAGUAGCAAGGAUAUGGCUAUAGACAGCGCGGAUUCUGCUCCAACUUUGAUCUUCUUGGGUAACACAGAAAAAGACCGACCUCAACCAUACGAUCACUUUCGAGAUGUACUCUCCAUCAAUAUCGAAUAUUUGGGGAUCUUUCAGAUUCCCCCCUCUACGUUGCAAACCCAUAUGAGCCUCAUGUUGAAUAACGAAGAGUUUUCCGACUUUACAGUGAUCCCACAAGACUCGACACAAAAGAUUCAUGUACAUCGAAUGAUCCUUUCGACGCGCUGGCCGUAUUUCAAGAACAUGCACGCAUCGGGCAUGAUUGAAUCAACACGAUCAACAAUGGUUUUGCCUGAACCAUAUCCUGUGGUAUAUGCUUUCCUUUCCUUUCUAUAUACGGAUGCUAUUGAUGUUGAUUUGAGCUGCUCGACAGUUUGUGAUGUGAUGAUCAUGGCAAAUAUGUACUUGCUGGAAAGGCUCAAAAAACUAUGUGCAUCGAUCCUGCACCGCCAUCAUCUCCAGAUUGACACAUGUGUGCGUAUCUUCCAAGCGGCCUGUACCUCACAAGAGCAUGGAUUGAAGAGGCUGUCGCAAGAGUACAUCUUCCGGCAUCUUGGAGCAGUGAUGAAAACUGAGGAUUGGUUUCUGAUGUGGAGUCAAGGUGGAGAAGGUGAGCACAGGGCGGCACUAGAUGAGUUUAUCGAAGGAGUACCCGAAGAAGCUGGUCUAGAUGUUGUUCAGGGCUCAGACACUCGAAUGAUGUCUAUGGGAUCAGAUAUGAGGCGGUUAUCACUAAGCCGACGCUCGGAUGGAGACCUGAGGAGCACACCGAGAGGAGGCGACUGA